GGCGGAUCUGGCUCAGAGUGCGGUUCCGAGUGUGCAGAGCAGGACCUAAAUUAGAUUUCCUCUUUGCCUACUCUUUCCUCAUUCCUAUUUUGGAAAAAAAACACCGCUGCAAAUAUUAAAGCAAACACUCAGCAUGGCAUCUGCAAGCUCUUCACAGUCAACAUUCAGGCUGGGCCGCAGUAAGAAGAACCCAACUGUUAUGGAUCAGAUUGGAAAGUUCUUUGGAGGGGAUAAAAAGAAGAAGGGAAAGGGGUCUUUUCGUGGUGGUUUGUCUGCAUCACCUCAAAGAUCGAGCGCAUCUCCUCGUCGCCGUCCAGAUGAGAAUGCUGUUGUGCACUUUUUCAGAAACAUUGUUUCUCCCUCUACCCCCAAAUCUAGGAGAGAGCAGAAAUCACAGAGCUCCACCAAAGGCCAGAAGGGACGUGGAGACACCUUAACCCGGAUCUUCAAAUCGGGAGGAAGCAAGCCUGCUUCAUCUACCAAGCGUUGAAACCUCAUUUCCGUUUCCCAUUUAAAGAUAAAGAGGAUGGAAAACGAAUGCAAAAAUUUUUUUUUCUAAUACAGUAACAUUGACUUGAAAAGGCUUUUGCAUUAAUAUGUUACAACACAAUCUGUCUUCUGAAUUAUUCCUGUUUAGUCUUGUCAAACGUAUUGACAUACUUGUGUAUGUUUGAUCUUUGAAAUAAUUUUGUCUCGUCUCUGUAGCGUCAGUACUCACCUCUACACAGCUUAAGUGUAACCAGUACCUCUCUUAGCAUGUGUAUUAGACCUCAUAUGUGUUUUCUGCACCUUUUAUAUGUUUAUGAACUGUCUUCUCCGUACAGUGUGAUGGGAUUUGCCAGAAGGUGGUCUGCAUCCUAUAAUGCAUAAUUUGUGUUCUGACGUCCACAAUGUAUAUUAUACUUCCAAACACAAACUGUUCUUUAAAUGUUUGUUUGGAUCCAGAGAUUUCUAAUGAAUUUGGUAACCAUAGAUUGAGUUAGUUUGAGUAUGACUGAUUCUGUGUCCUUUGAUCAUAUUUUGAGCCUUCAUUUUCUAUUCAUACAAAAACAAAUGGAAAAAGGGGUCUUAUUUAAACUAAAUAAUAUUUGAUGUCUUCUGUGUUUGUUACACCUAAUUAACGGCAACAAUUAAAAGUUUGAAACUUU